AUGGUGCGGGCGGGAUCGCCGCGCACCGAUGCCGCAAGGAACGAGGCGAAGAAGAUGAAAAACCUGUUCAAGCGUUUUGCCGCCGACGAAAAAGGCACGGCCUACAUCAUGGCGGCGUUCGCCGUCGUUCCGCUGUUCGGCAUGACCGGCCUUGCGGUCGACUAUACGAACGCGGUGCGCACCGAAACCCAGAUCGAGACGGCGGCCCAGUCGGUGGCGCUGCAUCUGGCCAAGCGGACCACGCUGAACCCGAACAUUCCGGCCGAAGACCUGAUCGCAGAAGGCAAGGGCCUGAUGGCCGAGAUGGUCAAGGGCCGCACCCUUUCCUACGACGUCUUUCAGGUCGAUCCGUCCAGCGGAUUGGUGCGUAUCGUCGCCAAGACCAGCAUCGACACGUACCUGAUGCACCUGUUCGGUCAGGACGAGUUGACCGUCGUCGGCCGCAAACAGGCGCAGUUCGGCCGGCGUGAUGUCGAAGUCGCAAUCGCGAUCGACAAUUCCGGUUCGAUGGGCAACUGGUCAGGCGGAAAGCGCAUGAUCGAUGCGGCCAAGGAUGCGACCAUUGUCCUGAUGGACGCCGCAUCGGACGCGAUGGACGAUUUCGACAAUGCGGACCUGCGGUUUUCGCUUGUUCCCUGGCACACCAAUGUGCGGGUGCCUGAAGCAUAUCGCACCGACUCCUCGGGCAACGAUGCCUGGUGGAUCGACUGGGAAGGCCGCUCGACCGGUCAUUUCAACUAUCUUGCGCCCUACAACAAUGACGGCGGCAUGUAUUUUGAAAUGGGCCCUGGAAACAGUGGGGACCGGUGGCAACACCAUGACCCGAGCCGUCUGGUUGACUAUCUGCCGCUUGAGGGCGACGGCGACGGUGUAGACCUCGAUGCCCUGCGCGCCCUUCCCGGCAUCAACAUCAUAACACGCCGCGACGUCUUCAAUCGCUUCUCCAACGUGGAAUGGGCCGGCUGUUUCGAGCAUCGCCAUGGCGAUUACAGGUUCGGAUUUGACGCCCCAACGCUAGAUGAUGGGGACUCGCUCUUCGUUCCGCACAUGGCGCCGGACGAGCGUGACGGAUGGGGUGGCCGAAACAACUAUAUUUCGGAUACCGGCGGCGACUCGAACGUGGGCGGCAAUAAGGUCAACAACGAGCAUUCGCGGGUGAUGAAUACGCCGAAAUAUGCCGGCGCGCCCAGCAAUGCCUGGGGACUGGGUCCCAAUGGCAAGUGCAAUACGGCGCCGAUGAUUCCUCUGACGGACGAUCGUGACGAUCUCGAAGACGCGAUCGAUGACAUGCAGGCCAACGGCAACACGGAUCUCACGACCGGUCUUUCUUGGGCGAUGCACACUCUGACGCCCUGGGAACCGUUCGAUAAUGCAGCCGACUUUGGCGAAGCGGAAAAGAUCCUCGUCUUCAUGACCGACGGUGACAACUGGCCGCGGAAUCCUGGCCACUAUGCAACCAGCUACUCCAGUCUCCAGUAUCCGAGAGAUGACCUGCUGGACAAGAACUUGCCGAACAGCCCGAGCCAGUGGCAGGCCAACGGCGUCUUUGACGACGCAUCCAAGGAGUUCUGCACAUCAAUCAAGAACCUUGGCGUCAAGAUCUACUUCGUUUAUUUUGGCAACCCGAGCUCGGCCGCGACGCAAAUCAUGAACCAUUGCGCGACCUCGUCCGAAACGGCGAUCGCCGCGGCGGACUCUCAGGAACUCGAAGAUGCCUUCCGCAAGAUCGGCGACGAUAUCGGCAAGUUGCGGCUGAGCCACUACACCCCGCCCGAGGACUGA